AUGCCCAAAAUACCCCGCCCUCGGCAUAAUACGACGGCCUUGCCUCGGGAUCUACGAUCCGAGCUCGGAAUCCGCGAUGUCUACGGUGACAAGAAGCGCCGCCUCAAUGGACCUGCCUCGCGCAAAGAACGCCGCCAAAAUGAGCGUACGCAGAAGAAAUCUCGACAUGCAGCCCCGCCGAACAAGAAGACCUUUGAGCGUCCGCAGCAGCGACUUCAGCAGAAACCUCGACAGCAGGCUGAGGAGGAAAGCGACGAGGACGAGGAUCUCGACGAUAUGGAUCUCGACGAGGGUCCCAGUGUGCAGGCAAAGUCCAAAUCCACGAAAGAGGCCGCGAAGAAGCCCAAAUCUAUUCUGAAGAAAGCAGCAGUCAAGCAAGACUCAGAGUCCGAGUCCGAGUCCGAGUCCGGGUUCGGGUCAGAAAUCGACCUCAAUGAGGACGAGGAUGAGGAUGAAGAUGACGAGUCUGAAGAUGAGUCCGAAGAUGAGCCCGAAGAUGAGUCUGAAGACGAUGAACCCAAAGAAACCGAAGCCCACAUCCCAGGAUCGGUCAAGUCUAAAUUGGCGCAAGACGAUGCUGAGAUUGCUGCAUUGGAGAAAAAGCUUGGCCUCAAGAAAGGAGGUAAACUACCAAAGGCCUUUGAGGAGGAUGGACUAGACGACUUGCUAGGGGAUCUGGGUGGCGGCGGUGGCGAUGGCUCAGAGGACGAGAGCAAAAAGCGCAAACGAGAAGCCGAUGAGUGGCUACGAAGUAAGAGACUCAAGGCCAAGAGCUUGCAAGCCCAACAACUCGAAGAAGACGACAGUGAAAUGGAUAGCGCUGAGGAUUUCGAUCUCGACGACGAAAUCUUUGGAGGCGAUGACGCCGAAGGCAGUGAUUUUGAUGGUUUUGACGAGGAAGAACGCAAAGAACCAAAAAAGAAAGAAAACCCAUAUAUCGCCCCGGUCACGAAACCCGAACCGACCGCCCAAAAGUAUAUCCCACCUUCAUUACGAGGUCGCUCCGACCCGGAAAGCGAAUCCCUCACUCGUCUCAAGCGCCAGGCCCAGGGACAUCUCAACAAGUUGUCCGAGGCCAAUAUGCUCUCGAUUGUUGCCGAAUUUGAAAAGCUUUACCGCGAUUACCCGCGCCAACACGUCACAUCUACCUUGAUCAGCCUGCUAAUGGGCCUGAUUUGUGAGAGGGCUGGCCUUCAGGACACCUUCCUCAUUUUACAUGCUGGUUUCAUUGCGGCAUUGUAUAAGCUCAUGGGAAUGGACGUUGGCGCGGAGAUUAUCCAAACUGUUGUCGAAACGUUGGACGCUGAUGGCGACGAGCGUGGAAAGUUCCAGGGAAAAGAAGCUACUAACUUGGUCUCUCUUCUCUCGCAACUUUACAACUUCCACGUCAUUGGUUCUUCCUUGAUGUUUGAUUACGUUCGUCUUUUCGUACAGGAAAUCACGGAAUCGAACACCGAACUCUUGCUCAAGGUGAUUCGGAAUUCUGGCCCUCAACUCCGACUCGAUGACCCGUCUGCACUCAAGGAUAUCGUAUUGCUCAUUCAGCCCGCCGUUACAAAAGUCGGCGAGGACCGUCUGUCUGUUCGAACAAAGUUCAUGAUCGACCUGAUCACGGAUUUGAAAAACAACCGCUCGAAAGCUUCAGCUGCAGCUGGCGCAGGUAUCACCACAGAACAUAUUACCAAAAUGCGCAAGAUUUUGGGCUCCCUGAACAACUCGCGGACGAUUCGCGCAUCCGAACCUAUUAACAUUUCCCGCGAAGAUAUCCACAACUCCUCCAAGAAGGGCAAGUGGUGGUUGGUCGGCGCAAGCUGGAAGGAUGAUCCCCUUGUAACAGCACAGCGCGAGAUGGCUGGUGUACAAAUGCCCCAACCUCAGGUCGAAGAUGAUGACAGUGACGGCGAACCUGACUUUGGAGUCCUCGCCCGAGCCCACCGCAUGAACACAGACGUUCGUCGGUCGAUUUUUGUUGCUAUCAUGUCUGCCAAUGACUUCCAAGAUGCAAAUGUCCGACUCAUGAAACUUCGUCUCAAGCGGGCACAGGAGUUUGAAAUCCCUCGUGUCCUCUUGCACUGUGCCAUGGAGGAAGAUGCCUAUAACCCGUAUUAUUCUCUGAUUGCGCGUCGGAUUUGCGGUGAACAGGGUCGACGCAUCAAAGUGUCCUUUAUGUUUGCGCUUUGGAAUAUGUUCAAGAAGAUGGGUGAGCGAGGUGAUAUCGACGAAGACGAAGACAACGACUUCGAUCCAGACGAUGAGGAGAACGGUGUUAGCAUGAAGUCAGUGGUCAACCUGGCCAAGAUGUUCAGCGCCCUCAUCAUGGACGGCAGCUUGACAUUGAGCAUUUUGAAGAAUCUCAACUUCGCCUACCUGCAGCCCAAGACUAAGACGUUUGUUGAAGUCUUGAUCAUCAGUAUCAUUCAACAAUCUCAAAAGUCCAAGACGAAGAAGAAAUCCAAGAGCUCCACGCCAGAUGAGCCUGAGAAGAAUGAAGCGGCUUUGAUGCAAAUAUUCCUGCGUGUCAAGGAGACACCACACAUUGCUAAGGGCCUUAUCUUUUUUGUGCGAAAGGUUGUCGCAAAGAGUGAUAUUGUGUCUCCCGAGGAACUGAAACUAGUUCGGUGGGGAUGCAAUGUGGCUACAGAUGCCCUUAAGGCUGUGGCGGACUAA